GCCGUAGUAGUGGUAGUGGUGGUAGCAGAGCGCGCGCUUUUUUGUGAAAGUUAAAUCACAGAACGCGUAUAAAUACUCUGUAGUCAUCUGCAGCUGCUGCGAAGAAGCAGAUCACAUUAUUCAAGAAAGUUUUGUUCUGCAACACGCUCAAGCCCAGUCUUUCUUUUUUGAUGGUCUUAAAUGACCUGAACGUUACAGGCACUUAGUAGGAGCCUCGUUCAGCCGUGUUGCGGGACGAGACGAAAUGGACUACGGUGACUACGACGAGUACGACGACCUCUACGCAGAUGAAUUGGAGCUUGCGGACGAGCUCCACAGCAAUGCUCCACCACCGCUGCCUUCUGGUCGUGUGCUGUCUGGUAGAGAUGAUGUGUCAGACCUGGAUACACCGCGGUCCAGCUCCUCAGUGGCAAAAAGGACUCUGGAUGAUCCUGAUGGGAGUUCACAACAAGAUGCAGGUACUCCUACCCUUGAGUCAGUGCGCAAGAAACUGAGGCUUGAAGAUGAUGCUUCAAACACCCCUUCUGAGUUUUCUUCGCCCAAAAAGCUCAUCAUUGACGAUGGCAAAUAUGAUGCCGACGGUGCUACAUGUGCUACCUCUGUGCAAGGAAAAGCCCUUGAUGACCUUUCUAUCCCAUCACCACCGCCACUUGCCAACACGGAGGAAGAUUUGUUCCAAACACAGUGGGAUGAUGCCAGCUCAUAUGUGCUAACUACUGGUCUAAGGGGUCGUGAUGGACGACUCAAGUUUGUUGGACUUAGGGCUGACAACUGGGCCGAUGACGUGGAGCUUCUGCUGCCCAGUAAUCGUCCAAAAGGCAAUCUUUUAACACGGCCUUUCUGGGAUAUAUGGCUUGAUGCACAGGCAGAGCUUGAGAGACAGAGGCAAGCAGAGGCUGAGCAAACUGCCAACAUGAUUGAGAAUCAUGAGAUGAAUUCGCUUCCGGAGGGUAUGGUGGUUGGUGAAAGUGGUGGCGGCCCUGGGUUUGAAGAAGGGUCAUGUAGAUCGGCGUCACUUUGGGUAGAGAAAUAUCGUCCAACAAACUUCAUGGAGCUGCUCAGCGAUGAUGGUGUCAACCGAACAUUGCUGCAAUGGCUGAAACUGUGGGACUGUGUUGUGUUUGGCCGACCACCAAAAGCCAAGCCGCAAAAGGAGAAGCAAACGGCUGCAAACAACCAGAACACUUUUAUCAAGCGGUACAUGCCAGAGGUUAAAGAGGAAUUGGAUGAACAUAAAAGACCCCAGCAGAAGGUCAUUCUUCUUUAUGGGCCACCAGGGCUUGGCAAGACAACCCUGGCACAUGUCAUUGCAAGGCAUGCUGGCUACAAUGUUGUGGAGCUCAAUGCCAGUGAUGACAGAAGUCCUGAUGUGUUCAAAACUACUCUGGAAACUGCCACUCAAAUGAAGGCCGUCUUAGGACAGGACCCACGACCAAACUGCCUUGUCAUUGAUGAGAUUGACGGCGCACCACCUGCUUCUAUCAAUGUACUUGUCAACAUGAUCAAAAGCACUGGCCAGCCCACAGGAAAGAAGAAAAAGAAAGAUGGAAGCCUGCUUCUUAGACCCAUCAUUUGUAUCUGCAAUGAAUUGUAUGUUCCAGCCCUGCGGCCAUUGCGUCAAGUUGCAUUGAUGCUGCACUUCCCAUCUACGCAGAAGGGUCGCCUUUGUACUCGGCUGUUGGAGGUGAUGCGAAGAGAACGCAUGAAAGGGGAGCAGACGGCUGUGUCUGCACUGUGUGAGAAGGCAGGAAAUGAUGUGCGUUCCUGCCUCUCUACACUUCAGUUCAUCCAUGGCCGAAAGAAGCAGCUGACACUAACAGAUGUGAACACUGUCAAUGUGGGCCAAAAAGACAUUCAGCAAGGACUGUUAUCACUGCUUCAUGAAGUGUUUCAAAAACCACGGGCUGCUCGGAAAAUGUUUCGGCACCAUAUGGAUAAUGCGUUCAGCACUGCUGCAAAGAAGCCUGAAGAUAUGCGGUUUGACUCCCUAGCUCGAUCAGCACAAGGAUUUGGAGACUACGAGAAGCUUAUUCAGUCUCUUUUUGACAAUUAUGUCAAUGUCAACUUUCGGGAUCCUCGUUUUGAACUGAUCCAUGAAGGUCCUGAAUGGCUGUGCUUCACAGAUCAGCUACUGACUACAGUGCACCACUUGCAGAACUACUCACUGUACCCAUACCUGCCAUUCAUUGCACCUGCCUUUCAUCGUGUUUUCUCAGUUGUGCCCUAUACAAAGAUGGUCUUCCAGAACUCCUUCCUUGAGGCCCGAGCCAAGCAGUUACAGAUGCACAACAUACUGGUGUCAUUGAUCGGAGAAUCAUCACCACAGGCACGCUGUUUUGUGACUGAGACGACACUGCUCAGAGAUGUGCUACCUUGGUUGUUGUGCAUCGUACAGCCAACAAUUCGACCGGUGAAUAUGCAGCUGUUUAGCAAAGAGGAGCGCCAGCAGCUGCAGCAGGUGAUAGCUGUGAUGUCCUCAUUUAGCAUCACCUACCAGCAG